AUGCAUCCGAAGCUUGUUGAAGAGGCUAGUAUGGUGUCUGAGGAAUUGGUGCGAUGUGCUAUUCUAUGGCACGAACAAUGGCAUGAUGCAUUGGAUGAAGCUAGCAGACAGUACUUCCAAGAGAAGAACACUGUAGCCAUGAUGGAGACGUUGGAGCCAGUUCACAAAAUGAUCGAGAAGGGACCUACUACGCUGAAGGAGCAGUCGUUCAAUCAAACAUACUAUUGCGAACUUUCCGAUGCUUACAAAUUCUGUCAAGCAUUCAAACGUACUGAGAAUGUGAAAGAACUCACGCAAGCAUGGGAGAUCUAUUGCCAA